UCAAUGUGUACACAUCUCUAAGUGCCGGACAGCUGAGGCUGCCUCUAAUUUGGAAAAUAUGUCUUCAACAUUAAUUAAAUGUUUAAAUAUAGCGAAGACCGUGGGCAGAGUGACGUUCAAAAACUUCUUAACUGCAUCACAAAACCAAUUACCAUCUUUGAGUCCAGCAGCUGUUGGCGGCUUACUGAAAUGCGGCGUGCACACAACGGCUCCGGUACGGAACGAGCGGCUCAUGGAAUUCUUUGACGAUCCUAAGCAUUGGAGCGAAAAUGAAGUGAAAGUGGGACGCGCCUGGAAAGCGGAUGAACUGCGUAUAAAGUCCAAUAAGGAGCUGCAUCAGCUAUGGUAUAUUCUACUGAAGGAGCGCAAUAUGCUGCUAACUAUGGAGCAUGAAUGCAACGAUAAAAUGGAAAUCUUUCCCAAUCCUGAGCGCAUCGAUAAGGUAAAAAUCUCUAUGGAGAAUCUUGAGACAGUUGUGCGCGAGCGCAACAAGGCGUAUCAUCUGCUCGAGACAGGGGAGACAGGAGAACGUCCUCAGCGACAGGUGAAUAACGCCUUCGGUUUGCGCUGUACGUACAAAUCCUGCGAGCAUGUACUCCCACCCUUCAUGAACACCAAAUGGAUUAAGUCACGUAAUUUAGCCUAUGGCGGCCGUGCCGUACACAAAUUCCUGCUGAAGUAUCGCGAGAAACUCUACAACGCCAAACGCAAGGCCAAGAAUCGCGCACGAAAUGAGGUCAUGAUGAUUUUGAGACGGAAUCCAAACUUUGAUUUGGAGCUGCUGAAACGCAAAUAUGCCGAUGUGGACAUCGACAAACUACGCAGGACCGACAAAACGCGCGGACACUUCGUGCCAAAGGUUGAUGCUUGAAAAAUGUUCAAUAUUUAAUUAAAAUAAAUGUAACACAAGUAAACUAAACUAG